AUGAAGUCGGCGAUACUUUCAACACUCCUAGUUGGAGCUUCAGCUUUGACAGUGCCAAACACUGGCCUCUCUGAAGCUGGCGAUCUAAAUAGGAGAAGUGUUCCCUCGCGGCCAGACUACGUCUAUUACCCACAACGGCCAAACCAGCCUCCUAAAACCUACCAACCACCCAGGAACACCAACGAGUUCGUACCAGAGGCGGAAUAUCGUGACGCUAUCCUUCGGGUUCACAAUGAAGUCCGUGCAGCUCACGAUGUACCGGCAAUGAGAUGGUCUCGAGACCUUGUAAACUAUGCAAUGGCCAACACUCCCAGCUGCCAGUCAUAUGGUCAUACAAGAACUCUGCAACAGGAUGGUAUUGGAGAGAAUAUACUUUAUGGACAGCAAACACCGGAGCAGAUGGUGAGGGAAUUGUGGUAUGAUAAAGAGUUGAGAUUGUAUGAUUUCAAUCGACAGGGGUUUUCGGGUGCUACUGGGCAUCUUACGCAGAUGAUCUGGAAGGGUACAACGGAAGUGGGAUGUAUGGUUAGGAAAUGCCCCUAUGGUACAUAUGUGAAGUGUGAUUAUAGAGGAAAGGGAAACAUCAUCGGUCAGUUUGAGCAGAACUGCAAGGCUCCGAAGAACGGAUACAAUUCUGCAAACAAUCAAUACAACCAAUACAACCAAAACUAUCAGAGCAACAAUCAAAACUAUCAAAACUACCAAGGUGGCAACAAAAAUUACCAGAACCAACCCAGUCGGAAUAAUCAAAACUACCAAAGCUACCAGCCCGCCACUAAAAACUCGAACUAUCAAUCGUACUACUACGCUAAAAGAGGUAAUACUGAAGAAAAUUUAUACCAGCAACCUGGCGAUAAAAAGAAGAACUGCGAUAAAUCGAAAGCUGUAAUCGACAAGAAGGUCGAGAGUCAUCCGGAAACUACUCCAAGCUACGAGCCCACGGGGUACACAAGACCGGUUUAUAGCACAUUAUACGAAACAGAGAAGGACAAGGUAUAUGACAUUACAAAUCCAAAUAACUUUAAUAUGGUGCCUGGGAGGACGUUCCGGAACAUUGUUUACAAACAGAAGUAA